UCGAAGAUGAUAAAUAGUUGGUAAUUGGAAAUAGGCCCGGAAGCUUUAAAAACAACGAAGUCCUCGAAGUAGAUACAAAUUUGAUCCGUUGAAGAAAUGGGUUUGGAAUCAAAAGGGAAUGUAAACUCAGUAUUCUAUGCAUCUUCAUACCAUCCUAUUCAAGCUGGAAGCAUCGACGGCACUGAUAUUCUUCCUCACGAUAACGCUGUUUACAGGGCUCUUCUUUGUUCUAAUGCCCGCUUGUAUGACCCCUUUGGUGACCCGAAAUCUAUUGGCGACCCCUAUUGUACUCUCUUUGUUGCCCAUUUGUCUCAUUUUACCACUGAACAUACGCUUCGCCAGGAGAUGAACAAGUAUGGAAGGGUGAAGAACUUGAGAAUUGUCAGACAUAUUGUAACGGGUGCUUCGCGAGGUUAUGCAUUUGUUGAAUUUGAAACAGAUAGGGACAUGCGGCGAGCAUACCAGGAUGCUCACCAUAAGAUUAUUGAUGAUUCUGAAAUAAUAGUGGACUACAACAGGCAAAGGUUAAUGUCAGGCUGGAUUCCAAGAAGGUUAGGAGGCGGUCUUGGCGGUAAGAAGGAAUCAGGGCAGCUUCGUUUUGGAGGUCGUGAAAGACCAUUUCGUGCUCCACUACGACAGAUACCGUGGGAUGAUUUAAAGAGGCUUGGUAUUCCACCUCCUCCUGAGGGAAGAUACAUGUCACGAUUUCAGGCUCCUUCACCACCCAGACGAGAGAGGAGCUUCGACGAGGCUAGAGACUUUUCUCACAAGCAUGAUAAAGGAAACAAGCAUUCUCAUCGACAGGAGAGGUCUAUAAGUCGAGAGUGCCCAUCGAGGUCCGUCGACAAGGAAGAUUUCUCUCACAGGCAGAGAACACAUGGAAGGAAACGAGGUGAUCGAAGGUCCCCCAGUCAUGAUCAUUCAUCCGAUAGGAGUUCAAUGGACAGAAGCAGACUUUCUCGCAAGCGCCAAAAGAGUAGCAGAGAUAGGCAUGACAGGAGAUCUCCCAGUCUUCAUCAUUCAUCUGAUGAAACUUCAAUGCACAGAGAAGAACGUCGUCGAGCACAUAAUGCACGGUCUCAUGGGGAUGACAGGUGGUCACCAAGCAGGGAUGAUUCAUUUGGUAACGCUUAAAUAUUUCAGGAAGAACAUCAUAGGCGACAUACUAAGCACCCAUAUGGUGGUGAUGGCCUAGUAAAACCUGUGGAUGAGCGAGAAUAUACAAAUAUUUUUGUUAGAUGGUUUUCUGUUACCGUCUUUUUUGUUAAAUGAAAGAGGUCGGCCUCAAGUUCUAGUUUAGACUUAAAGAUUUGUAGCUAUGCUUUCUAAAAGAGUAAUUUUUAUGGGGAUGAAUCAAGUUUAUGCUUAUAGAGUCGUAGGGACGACCUCCCCAAUAGUAUGUGAAAGGACUCUAAUCUUCAGAUUCUUGAAAUGUUGUAAAAGAUUACAUCCCGUUGAUAUUAGCUGUGUUUUAAGAUUCUUACA